AUGCAAUAAAAUCAAAAACCUCUGCUGAUUAUUGAUUCCAGAUACACACUCUAUGACAUGAGACAAAAAAGAGCAUAUAAAUAUAAUGCAGUUCUGUAAAAAUCAUUUCUGCUGUUGUAAGAACAUUUUCAAAUAUAAGUGAUAUUUUGUCACUCUAAACCUAAUACAAAUGACUUUUUUUAUAAUGAAUUUCAAAAGAAUUUUAAGGAUAUCAACUCAAGAAAACUCUCAAUCCAAGAAUUAAAGGAGAGUUAAUUUUAAAAUCAAGAAAUACUUAUUGUAACUCAUAAUUAUGAAUAAUUCACUCUCACUUAGAAUUAUCAAUUAUACUAUUUUUCUAGUGUCUCUUAAAAAUUAAAUAAGAAAAAGGAACUAGAACUUAAAUAUUACCAACUAAAUCCUAAAACAAAAUUUCACGUAUCGCACCUUCAAUAAGUCAUGUCAUAUUUUUCAAAAUCAGAAAAUCCUUUUUGCGUAGGCUAUUAUUUUUACCCUAAAAAAUUUAAUGAACUGGUUCAGUUUGAUAUAUUUAUCAGCAACAGCAACUUUAAUUAUCUGCCCAUAGACUUUAGGUUUUAAAAUAAAUAUCAAGAAAUUGAUUUGUUAUUUCAUAAAAUUAUGGACAUCUAUAAGAGUAAGGAAAUCAACAUGAAAUAAGAUGAGGUUGAAUUAUUCUAAUAAAAUUAUGACAAAUUCACAACAGAAAAUGCCUAUAUUCCUGUAAUAGACUCAACGGAAUGCUUAGAUAUGUUAAUCUAGCGAGACGAACUCAAUACUAAAUUAGAAUCUAUCAUUGUUAGUCCUGAAUUUUAAAAGGCUGUUUAGGAACAUCAUAUUAAAAUUAUGACCCCAGAAUAAAUAGUGUUCAACAAUAAUGACUAACCUUAAGAUUUGUCAAAUUUGAAAUAUCCAUUAAUAGUAAAAAGUAAAUAAGGAGCACUGACUGCUAAUUGUCACAUUAUGGCUAUAGUUAUCAAUGAAAAAGGACUCAAGGAGUUAUUUAAGCAUGAAUAAUUUAAAGGAUAAUUAAUUUUGCAGUAAAUUAUUAAUCAUAACAGCAUUAUAUACAAAAUAUAUCAAUUAGGAAGCAAAAUGAUAGUGUAAAAGCGUAAAUCUAUUCCGAAUAUAGAAAUUAACAAUUUCAAAUUUGAUGAAGGUUUCUACAUUUUUGACACUUAAAAAGACCUAUUUAAUAACGUUUCACAGUGUCUUAUAUAGGUUGAUGAAGGAAUUCAUGAAUGUUCAAACGAAGCUUAAUUGUUAAAGUAAAUUGAAUUAUUAUCUUCAAUGAUAUCAAAGGAAUUUAAACUACAUCUGUUUGGAUUUGAUAUUAUAGGAAUGAAUUGGGAAUUUUAUAUAAUUGAUAUUAAUCAUUUUCCAGGUUAUAAAAAUGUUGAGAAUGUUAAAGAACUUUUUGAAUAGUUAUUUAUAUAAGCAUCAAAGAAAAAGGAUGAUCAAAUCCAAAAAUGA